CGGCAUAAAACACCACAAAAGGUUCGGAGCAGCGAACUUACCCAGAUCAGGCAAAUGGGGGGACGUACCGCUGCGCCAUGGCGGACAAGAAAGCGCUUCUGCAGGGCUCCGUUCGGCAGUGAACGCUGGUGAAGGGCUAACAUCGGAUUCGAGAAGGAAAGUGUUGAUCGAGUGGAGUUGAUUCCGCAGCAGAUUUCCGUCCAAUUCAGUCAUUCCUCAGAAGGAAUUAUUCGGCAUCGGCAGCAUUGCUUUUUGCCCCUCGAUCGCUCUGCUUACAGCACAGCUGAUUUUGCUGGUUCUGCGAUUUGAGCUGCUCCCCAGAUUAAGAGUGUUGCCCCUCCCCAUGCAUGCAGUUUGUAAAAAGAUUGAAAGGUCGUCCAAUCUGCGCCGAAGCGCAGAAAUCGCAAAGCGUACAUCGUUGGAAACGUUGAUUAAUCAGUCCAGUCCAUCUUAGCUGGUAGUACAUUGACAAUGAAGAAGGAACGUGCACACAGAAGUGAUGUGUUGCGGGCUUUUGAUGACGUAGGCCUUUUGCAGUAUGGUUACACAGGCCUUACCCCCUUAGGGAAGCUGAAUGUGGAAAUAUCCAACCAGGCGACUUCAAAGAGGUUCUCAGAAGUCUGGGACGACCAGUCUGCAGAAGCAUUCCUGAGAGAGGAUGGUGAUGGACAUUGUUUGGCGGCAAUGCCAACAGACGAGGCUGACGCCAAUCCAGGUGUUAGCCGGAUAGAAAGCUCAAUAAAUUUUCUGAAGGACAGGCUAUCUGACCUUCAACAACUCCCUGGUCAAUUCUCUCAGCGAGCGAAGAAAGUACGCCCUGUGAGAAAAAAAAGCAGGCAGAAUGCGGCGGUUGUGCUUGUUGCAAACGUGGAGUCGACAAGCUCAGGGGUGGUUGAAGACAAAACAGGCUCCCAACAAGACAAGAAGCAGCGCAGCUCAACCAUGAAGGAGAACUUCAUUGCGGGAGCGUCUGCGUCUUUCCUCUCCAAGCUUGUCCUGCAACCUUUUGACACGACCAAAACCAUUCUCCAGUCUUCCACAAACAGCUACAAAACCUUCACGGACUGCGCCGUGGGUGUAGUCAAGACUCAAGGAGUGAUGGGGCUGUACCGAGGGUUUGGAGCCAGCAUAGGCACGUCGGCUCCUUCGUCUGCCAUCUUUUUCGCCACGUAUGAAGCGGUCAAGAAGUGGACGGAGGCAAAGUUCCCCAAGACGCUGGGCCAAGUGGGGCCGAUCGUGGGGGCAGCUGUUGGAAACGUGGUAGCGAGCGUAGUGAGAGUGCCUCCAGAGGUCGUCAAACAGCGGGUACAGGCUCGGGUUUACCCAAAUAUGGUCGUUGCAAUCCGGGAAAUGAGCAGAACCGAGGGCAUCGGCGGUUUUUACACCGGCUACGGUAUCCAGCUGGCGCGCGACAUCCCGUAUGCCGCCAUCCAGUUCAUGACGUUCGAGACCCUGAAGAAGGCGUACGGUGUGAACAGGCCCCAGGAGGCGGGGGCGCCGAAGCGGCCGGUCACGUCUGAGGCCAAGAAGGUGCUGACCAACCUGUGGAUGGGCGCGGUCGCGGGCCUCGUGGCGAGCGUCGUGACGAAUCCGAUGGACGUCGUCAAGACACGUGUCAUGACGCAAGACCUGACGCAGGGGGCCGUCAAGAUCGGGGUGCGGCAGACGGUGCGCAGCAUCCUGAAGCACGAGGGCCCGCUGGCGUUCACCUAUGGGAUGCUGCCCAGGGUGAUGCUCAAGGUCCCUGCCUCCGCGCUCUUCCUGGUCGCUUAUGAGGGCAUAAAGCGGCUGCUUAUCGCUUUUGAAGUGACCCAACGGGCGGCCCAGCUCGUAAAGAUAAAGGCUGCUCAGGAAGCGCGGGAGCUGUCACGGCAAGCGCGGAAGGCGGCCAUGUCGAAGCAGCGGGAAGAGGAGAAGCGACAGCGGUCGCAACGGGGCCUCCAAGAAACGAACGGUCUUCUGCACGACAACGAGUUUGAGGAUUUGUCAUCGCCCCGGGUGAUGAGCGAGGCUGUGCUCGCGUCCAUCGUUCUCUCCGGACCGGCCACACGGAGAUUGGGGAACACGCUGCGGAUUAGAAAGUUGCUCGCAGAGCGGAGGAAUAAGAAGAACUAGGACGUUGCAGACCGAGGUUCGUUGACUUCAUCUUGGAGCGACGUAAGGUUGACCACGUCAUUGUGCUUAGCUUUUGGUUCCCUAUAGGCAGGCAUGGUUGGGCAUGCCCAACCAUGCCUGCUGUUGCGGCUUAGAACGUGUACAGCGCUUGGUGUGUAUUGCCAGGUCCAUGGUUAAUUGGCACUUGAGAACUUAGCUCAAUAGGAGCUUGUCUUGUACUUUACAACUUGACGGCCAAUUCAGUAUCGGCCAACUCAAGAUAACGAGUUGUUCUGUUGAUUGAUCAGUCCCUG